AUGCAAAGCUCUGGCACUCUGUCUGCGAAAUAUUUAAACAACAAAAUAGCGAUCAAUCGAUUGGCUAAAGAACUGGAAGACAUGGCACGAAACCCUCCCAUAGAGCUGUCGGUGGGACCGGUAGCCGACGACUUGUUUCAUUGGGAAGGAGUACUUCACGGCCCACUCGACAGUCCAUACGAAGGCGGUCUCUUCAGGUUUAGAGUCGACUUUCCCAAUGAUUAUCCAAACAAAGCGCCCAAAAUCCGAUUCAUUUCACCAGUAUUUCACCCAAAUAUCAGCAGAAAUGGUGAUAUUUGUGUGGAUUUCCUUCAGAAGCAGUGGUCGUCCGCCUAUACUCUGACUCAAGCGAUGCUAUCGAUCUCGUCGUUACUGACGGAUCCCAACACGAGUUCGCCAUUGAAUCCAAUGAGCGCUCGU